CAGACAAACGUACCAACUCCAAUGCUUCUGGAAUUCUCUAACACGUAUUUAAAGGCCUAUGAUGCAUGUCCUUUGUACACAGCUCUUAUCUCUCCUUCUCCACAUGCAUUGUAUAUAUAUAAAAAAUAAAUAGUUGCUUUUGAUUUGAUUUGAUUUGGACAUAGCCAUGACAAAUAAGGAUGAAGAAUUAUCAGAAUACUUAUCGGAGAAUGACGCAGAUGAUGUCGAAGCUAAUAGCGUCAAUAUGAGUGCUAAUGAAGAAGAGGAAGAGGAGGAGGGUUCUGCUCCAUUUGCUUCUCAGCAAUGGCCCCAAAGUUUCAGAGAGACAAUUGACUCAUAUACGAUUGCCGCAUCACCUAAUUUCGGACUCAUACGACGUGGAUCCAGUAUUUUAUCUGAAUUCGGUAGUAGAAUAUUCUUGGACUCAGAUGUGAAGACACAUUUGCUCGCUGAAAAGGAAAAAAUUGAGGAGCAAAAUGUCGUGGAUGGUAUCUCAGUAACAAAAGCAUCUUGGUCAGAGAAGGCUUCUUCUUUGUAUGAGCAAUUCACUGGGGAACUUCCAAUUUCCUAUGGAUGCAGCUUAACUCAGACUGUAUUCAAUGGUGUGAAUGUCAUGGCUGGAGUUGGACUGCUUUCUACUCCUUAUACAGUCAAAGAAGCUGGCUGGGCUAGUGUUUUAGUGUUGGUGAUUUUUGCAGUCAUAUGUUGGUACACAGCUACUCUUAUGAGACAUUGCUUCGAGAGCAGGGAAGGAAUCUUAACCUAUCCCGAUAUUGGAGAAGCUGCAUUUGGAAAAUUUGGACGAAUUAUUAUAUCUAUUAUCUUGUACAUGGAGCUAUAUUCAUAUUGUGUAGAAUUUAUAAUUUUGGAAGGAGAUAACCUUACUAGCCUUUUUCCUGGAUCUUCACUUAACUGGGAAGGCCUUAAACUUGAUUCAAGUCACUUCUUUGGGAUUCUGGCUGCCCUAAUUAUUCUGCCAACUGUUUGGUUGAAGGAUCUUCGUGUAAUAUCAUACCUCUCAGCCUGUGGGGUCCUCGCAACCAUAAUAAUUGUUCUGUGUGUGAUUUUCCUUGGUACGGUGGAUGGAGUUGGAUUUCACAAUACCGGUGAGGUUGUGAACUGGAGUGGUAUUCCUUUUUCUAUUGGAGUGUAUGGAUUUUGUUACUCUGGGCACUCAGUUUUUCCAAACAUCUACCAAUCUAUGGCUGACAAGUCAAAAUUCAAUGUGGCACUUAUAAUAUGCUUUAUUCUGUGUAUUCUAAUAUAUGGAGGUGUUGCAAUAAUGGGGUAUCUCAUGUUUGGUCAAAGCAUAUUAUCUCAGAUAACUUUAAAUAUGCCGGACAAUUCAAUUGCUUCAAGAGUUGCAGUAUGGACCACUGUUAUCAACCCAUUCACGAAAUAUGCGUUGUUGAUGAAUCCCUUGGGAAGAAGCAUAGAGGAAUUGCUGCCCGAGAGAAUCUCUAGUAGUUUCUGGUGUUUUAUUCUCUUAAGGACAGCCCUUGUCUUUUCUACAGUAUGUGUAGCAUUUCUUCUUCCGUUUUUUGGUCUUGUGAUGGCUCUGAUUGGUUCUCUUCUCAGUAUACUGGUGGCUGUAAUAAUGCCAGCUUUAUGUUUCCUAAAGAUUAUUGGAAAGAAAGCAACAAGGACACAGACGGUGUCUAGCAUCACCAUUGUUGCAGUUGGCAUUGCAAGUGCUGCUCUUGGAACUUACUCCUCACUGUCGGGAAUCGCGAACAAGAAAACCUAACUCCCAACCCCACCCCCUUUUCUUUAGGGUGGAGGUGGACAUGUUAGCAGUAAAACAUUCUUAUUUACUGUCCUGUACUUUUGAUCUCUAUCCCAAAUACCCGUCUUCUCCUCAGUUUCACUUUAUAACUACUUUAUAAUUAUGGGGCAUCUUUCUCAGUGUGUAUUAGCUGCUAAUGCUUGACGAACCCUGCA